AUGGACCAGACACGGCCGCGUGAGGGCACAUCGGCAGACAAGACUUUUAUUCCCAUUGGCCAGUCCAAGCAGUCGCUGUUGGCAAACCCAUACCUUGGGUCCGAAUCUGUGGCGACGUCGCAUUCCGGUUCCGACGCAGGAGCCGCUGCCGCCGCCGCCGCCGUCGCCAGCCCAGGCAUGCCGACCUACCAACAAAACCCGGGUGGGAUCGAGGUGGUGCACGAAAGCCAUGGGCUGCAUCCGUCGUGGGCGCAAAGCCAAAACGUCAGCAGCAGCCAGGUCAAUUCCACGGGGGAGGAGAAGAUCGCCGUCGUCUCGCCGUACACGGUCGCCGCCAGCACGUGGCCUGCGUCCAAUAGCCAGACGGCUUGGAACAGCACCGCCGGUCUGAUUCCCGUAAAGGAGAAGAGGAUAUGGGGCUUGCGGCCCACGACCCUAACAAACAACACCACCACCACCAAUGCCCCCAGCAAUCCCUCCGACGGCCGCAACCCCAAAAUCUGCUUUGACACCACCACGCCACCGGCCGCGCGCUCCCAGUACGGUACCACGCGCGCCGACUGCCCUCGCAGCGGCGACAAGCGCUACACCGUCCCGGGCACCAACCUGACCUUCACCCGGACCUGCGGCGUCGACUACAAGGACAACGACCUCGGCCGCUUUCCCACCGCGACGAUGGAGGACUGCCUCGCCCUCUGCGCGCAGCUGAACAUAUACCCGAGCAGCGGGCAGGGCUUAUGCGAAGGAGUCACGUGGAUGUUUGGCGGCACGCAGGGUGAAGGGAGCAGCUACUGCUAUCCCAAGUACAAGGUCGACGCCAAGGGGCCGGACAGGACCGAUGUAGAGAGUGCCGUUUUAAUCACGGGGAGUGGAGCGUAG